AUGAAGGCGAGGCCGGUGGGGGAGCGGGCCGAGGGGGCGGCCCGGGGCGGGCAGGGGGAGGCGGCGGCCGAGCGGCGGAGGCCCCGGGAGCGGCUGGAGGCCACGCUGGCCGGCCUGGCCGAGCUGGACUACCUGCGGCAGCGCCAGGAGCUGCUGGUGCGGAGCGUUCUGCGCAGCCCUCCCGGGCCCGGGCCCGGGGCCGGGGCCGGGGCCGGGGACCCCCCGGUGGAAGCGGCCCAGCGCAGCCGGCUGGAGGAGAAGUUCCUGGAGGAGAACAUCCUGCUGCUAAGGAAACAGCUGAACUGUCUGAGGCGGAGAGAUGCCGGCCUGCUGAGCCAGCUGCAGGAACUGGACAAGCAGAUCAGCGACCUCAGGCUGGACGGAGAGAAGACGGCGGAGGAGCGGCUGGAGACGGACAGUCGGCCCAGUUCAGGGUUUUACGAGCUGAGCGACGGCACCUCCGGAUCCCUCUCCAAUUCCUCCAACUCCGUCUUCAGCGAGUGCUUAUCCAGUUGCCCUUCCAGCUCCUGUUUCUGCAGCCCUUUGGAGACGUCCUUGAAUCUCUCAGAUGGGCGGCCCAAGUCUGCAGAUCUCAUCGGGUGGCUGGACUGUAGAGAAGGCCAGUGUGAAGAGCAGGUGCCCGGCGGCGGCUGCCGCUCACCGUCCAGCCCCCGGGCCGAUUCCCUCGACGUCGUGGCUGACGUCAACCCCAAAUUCCAGUGUGACCUGGUGUCCAAGAACGGGAACGACGUGUACCGCUACCCCAGCCCCCUCCACGCCGUGGCGGUGCAGAGCCCCAUGUUCCUCCUCCCGGUCCCCCCCGGCGGCCCCCCGAGGGAGGGGGAGCCGCCGGGCCUCGGGGCCGGGGACCCCCGCCUCGGAGCUGAGCCGCCCGCCGCUGCCGCCCACCCGGACGACGCCUUCCUCCUCUCCCCGAGCACUUCCUGGCCGGCCCCCGGCCCCCCGUCCAGUCAGAAGAUGGCUGGCUACAUCCUGAGCCUGGUCCAGAGAAAGGUGCAGCCCGUGCGGACUAACAAGCCGCGGACCAGCGUCAGCGCGGACCCGGCCAAGGCCGUCCUGCGCCACGGGAGCGUGUGUGUGCGGCCGGCGGGCGGGGGACCCCUGGCCCACGGCAUCCACCUGCCCGGUGCCCGCCCUGCCUCAGAGACCGCUGCCUUCUCCUCCCCCCAGCCCAGGCCGUGGGCCCGAGAGCCCAAGGGUGAGCCGCCCGAGAACAGAAGGGCCCCGGCGGGCUGCCCCGCCGGCGCUCCCGGCGAGCCCCAGGGCGCCAAGCACGCCACCCCGGAGCUCCCCCGUGGCUCCGCCCCUGGGCCGGGGGACCCCCCGAAGGAGAGCCCCCCACCCUUCCCCGCCACUCCCAAGGACGGCGCCGACCGCGGCCUGGCCCCCCUGCCCGAGAACAGGGCGGUCCAACCACCCAAGAGGGCACCCUCGAAGAACGGCGGCCAGGGAGCACCUCGGCCGGCGUCCCCGGCUCCCGCACCGGUCCUCCCUCCGGCCCCCGCUCCGGCCCCCGUUCCGGCCCCGGCUCUGGCCCGCCUACCGGAGGAGAGGCCGACGGCGGAAUCCAAGAGCCGGGCGUCUCCCCCACGGAGCCCAGGCGCGGGCCGGCCGAGGAAGGGUCCUUCCGCCGCGGGGCCACAGAGGAGCACCCGGCCACCCCAAGGCAGCAAGCACGCGAGGGGCUCGAGAAGCUCCACGCCGAAGGUCAGGGCGCCCACGCUUCCCUCGGCGCUCAGCGGUGUCCAGGCAGUGCGCGAGAAGGGCAGGGUCGGGGCCCGGAAGGGCCGGCUCCCCGACGACUCGGAUACAAACAGGAGAUCCAAGAAGCCCUCGGCCAGGGGCCGGAGGGCCGGGGGCGUCCCGCCAGAGGCCGGCCGACCUGGCAGAUCCCCGGGCGCCCAGCGGCCGGGGACCAGGGCUCACGGCCCCGGCCGAGACGCGUUGGUGGCCAAGCCCAAGCACAAACGGGCCGACUACCAGCGGUGGCGGCCGGCGGCCGAGGCCUCCUUCGAAGACGCCCUGCGCAGGGCCCGGAGGAACCGCCGCGAGGCCGUGGCCGUGGCCCUGCCGGGCCGCGGCCCGCCGCCUCCCCUCGCCAGCCCCUACGCCUUCGUGGCCAGCGACUCCGAGUAUUCGGCCGAGUGCGAGUCGCUCUUCCACUCGACCGUGGUGGACACGAGCGAGGACGAGCGGAGCAACUACACCACCAACUGCUUCGGGGACAGCGAGUCGAGCGUGAGCGAGGCGGAGUUCGGGGGCGACAGCACGACCACCAGUGACUCGGAGGAGAGCGGGGGGCUCCUCUGGUCACAGUUGGUCCAGACCCUCCCCGAGCUGCCCGACCGCCCCCCCGAGACCUUCGUCAAGAUCAAGGCGUCGCACAAUCUCAAGAAGAAGAUCCUUCGCUUCCGGUCUGGCUCUCUCAAGUUGAUGACGACCGUCUGAGGGGCUCGGGGGGGGGGGGGGGCCCGGGCUGGAGGGGAGGGGGGGAUACGCCCUCGCCCCGGGCCCUGCCUUUUCUGACCGAAUUUAAGAGGAAGGAGGGUCGGGCCUCAUCUCCCCGGGCCCCCUCCGUCCGGAGCCCUUGAGGGGAGAGAUCGGGACCAUCCCGAACCUUGUCCGGGCGGGAGAGGGUGCGGCCCGUGCGGGCUGACGUGAUGCUUCCAGUCCCGUUCGGGGGAAGUCCAGCCUCGUGGGUUCAUCGGAGGGGACGCGGGCUCCACGCCUUCCUGCCUCUCACCCAGGGAAGGGCCGCCGUGGGGCGCCGUCCGGCCCGGAGCCACCUGCCGUUGUCUCCUCUGGGCCCUCCCUGAGUCAGAGGCGCCUGGCAGCGGCCUGGGACGGUGUCGUCUCCGGCCUUUUCGCUUCUCUGUCCUUUCUCGCCCAGUCCCCGUACUGAUCUGGAUCCUCUCCACCGAGCUGCACAGCCCAGGCACGUGGGGGUUGGGGUUGGAUCCAGGGAGGGGAGCCGGGGGCGGGCUGGGGGGAGGGAAGCAGAAAGGGGGUGCCAUCCAGAACCCAUCUGCCCACGGAUGACUUUAGGCCAUAGUUUGGACUCUCCCAGUCCCCUCCGCCUGGAGCGUGGGCACUGGCUAGUAUUUCCGUCCAAACGACUGGUCGCCACCCCCAAGGGAUAAUUGGCCCUCAGAGAUCCUCUAGCUUUUGGAUCCCUCCGGUCAACCGGCCUGGCCAGCGACACCUCUCUCCUCGAGGCCCGGAUCGUGUCUGUGCAAUGCUCCCGGAUGGCGGGGCGGGGUCCGCGGGGAGGAGGGCUUUAUUUACUACUCUGCAAACUGUAUCGUGUAAAAUCGCUUUCUACCAACAUAUGCAUGUCAGUGCGUGAGUGGCGUCUGUCUGCCGUUCCUGUCGACGUAAGCCGUGUGCGUUUUUAUAUAUCAUUGUGUAAAUUAAUAGAACACGUUAUACACUGUAAUAAACAGUCCGUUUCAGUGCCGUUAA